ACUUUGGCCGGCCAAAUCGGCGGCCGGACGGACGCCUCUGCAUGGCAGGUGCUUGGCCGACGCUGCAAAGAAAGAUAAAACCUCCUUCUUUCUUUGUGCGAGAGAAAUGUUGAUAAUGAACUGGCUCCUCCUAGUCCACUGCCAGGGUGCACUAACGCGAUCGGUCUAUUCCACCAAGAGAGCGCAUAACUUUUUUCAAUCCAUUCUUCAAACGCUGCCACCAUGAAAAAAAUGCGAGUGCACCAGACCUGUACAUAUAAAAGCAGAGGGGCCUUGGCGGACCAAUGCAGUUUUGGUCUUGGAGCGCACCGUGAUGGCUCACAUUUUGCGCAUUGUUUUGUUGUGCGCCCUCGCGCUCCUGCUUUCUUCGAAAGGCACCAAGGCAGGAGGUGGCGGCGGCGGCAGUCACAAAAAGUACAUCAUUCACGUGCCGUUGAAAGUAAAGGUGCACCAUCACACGCGCACCAUCUACAAGCACAUCUAUCACGAUGACGAGGGCCACGGUGGUGGAGGUCACGGAGGCGGCGGUCAUGACGCAGCGCCAGUUUAUCAGAUAAUCUCAGAAGGUUAUGGAGACUCUGGCGCCCAUGGAGGCGGCCAUGGUGGCGGUCACGGCGGCGGCCAUGGAGGCGGUCACGGUGGUGGUCAUGGAGGCUACGGAGGUGGCCACGGAGGAGGCUAUGGAGGCGGACACGGCGGUGGCCACGAUAGUGGAAAAGGAAUUUACGCACUUGUUCAACUUGCUGGCGCUGGAGGACACGGAGGCCAUGGUGGUGGCGGUCAUGGUGGUCAUGGAGGUGGCGGUCAUGGAGGUCAUGGUGGCGGCGGAAAGGUCGUAACUUCCUUUGACUCAUACGGACACAUCCUCGGCGCCGGCUACUCUGGCAACCAUGGUGGAGGCUACAGUGCGUCGGCAGGUCACUCUGAUGGUGGACAUGGAGGAGGUCACUCAGGUGGAGGUCACGAUGCUGGGCACUCUGGUGGUGGACACGAUGCUGGUCAUUCUGGAGAUGCCGGACACUCUUCUGGAGGCGACCAUGGCGGCUACUCUUAUGAUGUCGGCGGCCACGGAGGCGGCGGGGGCAGCGGAGGACACUCUGGAGGCGGCUACGACUACGCUUCUCACGGAGGCAGCUCUGGAGGCGGAUACGAUCUAGGUUCUCACGGAGGUCAGUCCGGAGGCGGAGGUCAUGGCUACGAUUUUGGCGGAGGUCACUCUUCUGGAGGAGACGCUGGAGGCCACGGAGGUGGCCACUCCUCUGGGGGUGGAGGCCACGGAAUCGACCUUGGCUCUUAUGGCGGAGGACACUCGGCAGGCGGUGAUGUAGGUUCCUACGGAGGCGGCCACGCAACGUCCGGAGGCGGAGGCCACGGAGCCAGCGUCGACCUAGGUUCUUACGGAGGCGGCCACUCUUCGGGAGGUGGAGGUCAUGGAAUCGAUCUUGGUUCUUACGGUGGUUCUUCCGGAGGCGGCGGACAUGGAGGCGGCGCUGACCUAGGUUCCUACGGAGGCGGUCACUCCUCUGGGGGCGGCGGCGGUCACGAUUCGUACGGAGGAGGACAAGGCUUCAGUUCCAGUGGACAUGGAGGUGGCAAUGACAUUGGUUCCUACGGAGGCAGCGAAGGCGGCCACGACCAAGGAGGCCACAGCAGCUACGCUUCCUCCUCCUACGCUUCAUACGACAGCAAUUGUAGCCACAAGCAUCACUGAAAAAAUGACUGUUUCUUAUUUUUAAGGUAUGAAAGUGAGAGUGUCCCUCGGGGUGAAUAUUUUUGUGGAUCAAAAAGACCAUAUUUUAAUAUAUUUUUAUAUUUCAAAUUAUUCAUGUAUCUCCUAAAUUGUUCACCCUAAUAAUGUUUGGUACGCCACUAGUCUGACUGACAAUCGUUUUGCUCAUCACAGCGUUAAUGUGUUUUGUAAAUAUAAAUACGUCCAGCGUUUUGUACUCUCUCAGACCUCCUUUAAUUAAUUCUAUUUUUUAUAUCCUGUUUGUAAUAAAAUGAAACUUGUAAAAGUA